UACAACAAAGAGUCUUAAGAGGGUGACUUACAACAACCCAUAUCAUACCGCCCCGCCACCGGCAAUCGCCUCCGCUCUGACUUCUGAAUCCCCAUCGGGAAAUUUCUUCUUUCAAGGAGAAGAGAAUAAUGGGUGCGGAAGCUGAGAAAAACGAACAAGAUGCUGAAACCCGUAUACCAAGCCCCACGACAGUUCCGAAUCCCAACCCUAAUUCAAUCACACAAGCUCAAUUUGUCGCCUGGAAGCGCCGGAAGGAUGCUGAUGCCUCUGCCAGAAAAGCUGAAGCAGAAAGGAAACGUGCAGAGGAUAUAGCUGCAGGGCUGGUUCAAAUGAAUGGUCGUGAGCUUUUUCAGCAUGAACCCUGGGUUUUCGAUAACACACGUUACUAAGGUAUGGAUUUCGUUGUGUCUACUCACCAAGAGCUAGGUACAAAUUUUGCAUUCCAGUCAAGUCGGGCCACGGGCAAUUUCCUCCUCAUCAUCAAUAAGAAAAGAAGUCUCACAUUGGAUUAAAAGGGAUAAUGACAUUUGAACUAAUUAUAACAAUUUCAUAUUGUGUAUUUUAAUAGAUAUGUAUAAUCUUGUGGAUGAGAAGAUAAAUAUACUAGUUGUGAUGAUGAGAUUAUGUAUAUAUAAAUUCAGCAAAAACUGGAUUAUGUGCAUAAUAAUAUAUAUAUAUAAAUGGGGUUUACUUUAA